AAGUGCAGCUCCAUCGGCUGAUCCUCGCUGAGCUCCGAGUCUGGGCGGCACCGGGCGUCCCACGAUGCCGAAGAAUAAGAAGCGGAACACUGCCCACCGCGGCGGCAGUGGUGGCGGCGGCGGCUCAGGGGCAGAUGCAGGGACGGCGACGACGGCAGGUGGCCAGCAUAGGAAUAUUCAACCGUUCAGUGAUGAGGAUGCAUCGAUUGAAACGAUGAGCCACUGCAGUGGUUACAGCGAUCCUUCCAGUUUUGCUGAAGAUGGACCAGAAGUCCUGGACGAGGAAGGGACACAAGAAGACUUGGAGUACAAGCUGAAGGGGUUUAUUGACCUGACCCUGGAUAAGAGCGCCAAGACCAGGCAGGCGGCCCUCGAGGGCCUGCGGAGCGCCCUGGCUUCCAAGCUGCUCUCCGAGUUCCUCCUGGAAAGAAGGAUGACUCUGACCGACAGCAUCGAGCGCUGCCUGAAGAAAGGGAAGAGCGACGAGCAGCGCGCAGCCGCAGCCCUGGCGUCUGUCCUUUGCGUCCAGCUGGGCCCCGGGAUCGAAAGCGAAGAGGUUUUGAAGGCCCUGGGACCCGUCCUGAAGAAAAUCAUUUGCGACGGAACAGCUAGCAUCCAGGCGCGGCAAACGUGUGCCACGUGCUUUGGCGUUUGCUGUUUCAUCGCCACGGACGACAUCACUGAGCUGUACGCCGCCCUGGAGUGCCUGGAGGGCCUCUUCUCCAAGGCCGGCCUCAAGGACAAGGACCCCGGCGGCGGGCUCCCCGUCAGCGCGCUCCUGGCCUGGGCGCUGCUGCUCACCAUCUGCCCGGCCGGCGAGCUGAAGAAGAGGCUGGAGACGCAUUUCCACAAACUCCCGAGCCUCCUGUCUUCGGACGACGUGAACAUGCGGAUAGCGGCCGGGGAGACCGUGGCGCUGCUGUUGGAACUGGCCCGGGGCAUGGAGAGCGACUUCCUUUACGAGGACAUGGAGUCUCUGACCGAGAUGCUCAGGGCCUUGGCGACCGACGGCAAUAAGCACCGGGCCAAAGUGGACAAGCGGAAGCAGCGGUCGGUGUUCCGGGACGUGCUGCGGGCCGUGGAGGAUCGGGAGUUUCCCACGGAAACGGUUAAGUUUGGUCCUGAGCGCAUGUACAUCGACUGCUGGGUCAGAAAGCACACCUACGACACGUUCAAGGAGGUGCUGGGCUCCGGCAUGCAGUACCACCUGCAGUCGAAUGAAUUCCUCCGCCACGUGUUUGAACUGGGGCCCCCGGUGAUGCUCGACGCUGCGACGCUGAAGACGAUGAAGAUCUCCCGCUUUGAACGGCAUUUAUAUAAUUCUGCAGCCUUCAAAGCGCGAACGAAAGCUCGGAGCAAGUGUCGCGACAAGAGAGCAGAUGUGGGAGAGUUCUUCUAGCUUCACCCGGGAAGACCACUCCCUGAUUCCAGUUUCUUCUUUUGUAAUUCCUCGUGUAUUUAAACUCUGUAGACAGUUUUUAUCGCGGGUCAACAUAGAUAGCUUUUGUAGCAGGGGUUCGAUUACUUAUAAUUUAAUGUAUAGAUUGCAAGUGUGAGUUCUGAUUAUUGACUUUUCUCUGUAAAUAUCAGUAAACCAUGAAGAAGGUGUUUGUAAUGUUUGGUCAUUUUUGUCUAUUUAUGAGGAGAGCAAAAAUAGGGUAUUUCAUAAGAAAACUGUUAGCCAAGAUGAAAUCUAUGUACUGUGGUGUGUCAGCCACCUUAACCUAAUGAACAGCUAUUACAAGGCAUUUAAGAUCUUAGACAGAUGAGUUCUGGAGACAAUUUUGGCAGCUAGUUUUUCUGGAAAAGCUGCUGUGUUUUUAACUAAGUGGAAGCUGCUGGUUUUAACUUGUCCCCGGGGUCCAGCUGUGGGGCCAGCCCUGCGGGAGGCGCUGACCCACCUGCGGCCGGGACACUGACCCACCUGUCGUGAGGCACCGCGCUCUUCAUCCCCAAAUAAAGGUCUUUCCACACCAAA